AUGACAAUAAAAGAACACAAAGGAGUAGAGUUGCAUUCAUUCGAAUCUGUUGGAACUCAUUUUCAAGAAGUACCCUUUAGCACUAACAUCCGGAAAAGAAGACACAGAGACUCGGACUCAGAUGAAGAAAGCAGAACCCAAAAAAAAGAGAGACAAACACCGAAAACCUUGUCUUCUUUUCUUAGUUCGUUAGUAUUGCAACCUUAUCCCAUAAAUAUUCCUUCACACAAAUUUUACGAUCGUGAUCAAGCUCUAAAUUCGAUGUUGGAAAUUGCUCGUUUUAACUACGAGGGGCGCAAAAGUAACGACCAUAAAGAUCAUUAUUUCCUCCUAAUUCCUGGAGGGAUUGGAAUAGGAAAGACACGUAUGGGAUGGGAAUCGCAGUUUCUGAAAGGAGAGCAUGCCGACAGUGCAGAAUUCAAGGAAGCUUUGGAAAAUCCCUGUUAUAUAUUCAUUGAUCUAAAUAAUGGGUGCAAGUAUGUUCCAGGUUUUGACUGUAAGACAAGACCAGGGAUACGAAUAGGUGCACGUGUUGCGCUGGCUUAUGGUUUAAUUCCUAGCUUACAUUAUUUAUUAACAACUGAACCUGAAGUUACUGAGCUAUUUGAACUUUCUAACGUGAUUUAUGAAAUAUUUCAACGACUGCAUCCAAAUAAACCUGGUAAUCCGGUUGAGGCUAUCAUCAUCCAUAUUGAUGAGUAUCAACUUUAUAUCAAUGCUGUUCAACAGUACAAAAGCAAAUCAUGGAUGGAAGCUCGUGAAUUUUUUAAAGAUAUGUUAAAGGAGAUUGGUAGUGUCAUGCGUGGUUUCAUGACAAUAAAUACAGAAACUGGAUAUACACGAAAUCAUGGAAUUACCGGUAAAUAUUUUAUCAUCCCUAUCUGUACGGGGACAUCUGCCAUCGACCUUCAUUUUUUACCUACGGAACAUACAAGAAAAUUGUUGGAGCUUUAUCCUUUGAACUAUGAAUCGGCGAAAUCAAUGUUCCUUGAUAAGUAUGAUUAUUCAAGGCAAGCAACCGAAGAAGGAAGAAAUCUAGUAGUUCAAGGCCUCAAGUCAUAUCACUCGUCUGAUCUUAAUAAUAAUGAAUGUAUCGAAGAGCUUUCAAAAGUUUUUUGCAAUUUUGUGUUGAAUCAACAACACUUUUGCAUCGCCAUGUCUGACACCGGCUUUAUUCCAAAAUUUAUUGACGAUCUCUUAAGUCCUACCCUUAUGUCAUAUUUUGACUGGGGAAAUCUACUUUUUACUAAAAUAUCUCAGCGGAAUAUUGCUAAAAUUGGAAAUAAUCCAAAUGAAUGGAAAGAUCUUGAUGAUAUACGUACUGUGAUCUCAUUUGGGCUUACCAGACAACUUAUAAAGCGAAAUUUUCAACUAAAGAGUGGCAUAUCCAUUGGUGAACUUGAGCGAUCUGGUUUGAUCUAUCUUUCUAACACUAAUGAUGAAUGGUAUACUGUCGUUAUGCCCUUUAUGCUAUUGAAAGUUCUCAACAACAAGCUUCUGGUAUCUAAUGUAGAACCUGUGUUUCAAGAUAAUCUUCUUUUAAUCCCAACACAUGAAACUCCUUGGCAAUGGCAAAAUUUUGAACUUUUAUAUGGGCAUUUCCAAAAAGCCCUUAUUGAUAGUUUAAUCUACGUUCAAGAGUCAAGGAUAAAUUCUGUUAAUCAUGAAAUUCGACUACUUAAAAAAGAUUUGGAAAAACAAGAGGAUAAUAACGAAAAAAUCAUAAUUGAGAACCAAAUUGAUUCGCAAAACCAAGAGCUUGACCGCCAAAAAAGGCAUAAUUGGCAACUAUCUGAUAUAUUUCGUGGUGCUUUAGGUGCUGACACACUUCUCCAACGCAAGGUACGAUUACAUAAUCUCAAAGUCUUUACUGAGAAUAAGAAGUUUCUUGUAAAGACAGAUGAUGUUGCAAGUUUUGAUAAGUCAGUGUUAUGUGAUGAUAACAUAACCCGCUCACUUGAGGAAGGCAUUUUUCGCUGUUACCAAGGGAAUGCUAACAUAGAUCACCGCUGGUUUCUUGAUUCUGCCGACAAUGGAAAAAAAUUAGCAAUCUUUUCACAAAUCAAGUACUCAGAACGCGGUGUAACAACCAAAAUGUCUACACCAGAUAUUAAAGAUUGGUACGAUAUAACAAUGAAAUCAGUAGAAAAUUAUAAGAACGACUAUGAUGUG